AACCUGCUGGGUAAAGUCGUUGCUGUAUUGAAGUGGCGUGUUUUAGGGAGUCCCACAAAAAACACACAGCGAAUGUGAUGUCUCUGAUCUGACGAUACUCGAUUGGUCUGGCCUGUGACUGAGCGCAACAAAACCAGACAAACCGGAAGUUGCUGCUCUGCUACUAAAGAUGGUAGCCAGUUAAGAAUCGCGCUAAUUAGUAGCUUUCAAGCAAGAUAUUAAUCUCAAUAUAAAUCAUACAGCGCCAUAGAAAAUGACCAUUAGUCGAAACUGACGAGAUAUAGCCUACCUGCCUUUCCACGUGGAAGAAUACGGAGGACAGAGACGUGCUAACUACGGAGUUGGCUUUUCUACAAAGAAUCUGCAGGACAACAUGAGUGGAGAGAAGGAAGCAUUGAUGGAAGAAAUCGAACAGAGUUUACACCCUCUAACGGAGGAUAAUUUACGACACCUGUGUGAACGCUGUGGAAUAGAUGGCUCCCAAGUUAAAGGAAAGAACCAUCGCUCGUUGGGACGUAAAAUCAUGGAGGAAAUGUGGCUAAAUGCAAAUUUGGUCAAAUCCGAGGAGCAUGUAAUGUCUUGGUUACGCCAACUGAAAGAUGACAUCAGGAGGUUACAGGAAGAAUCUACUGUGGCACCCAUGAGGCCCAGCCAGUCUGAUGAUGAUGCUACAGACUGUGAUGAAGAAUGGGACAUGGAAAACAAGGAUUGGUGUCUUAGCAACGGGCUGGAGGCGGAGUCAGCUCCAGAGAACCACACCCCAGAGCAGAGGCAGAGGGGUGACAUGUCUCUCCCACCCGCCUCCCCUCUCCCCGAGUCCCCAGGUCCUGCCUCUCCCGCUGGCACAUUACUACUGGGUUUGAAGAGGGUGUCUCUGCGGCUGGUUGACUGUAGGAAAACACUGGGGCUGAGUGGAACUACGAGAGGAGGAGAAGAGAAGGAAUAUGGAGAUUCAGAUUCGAUGUCAUUAAGUAGGAACAAUGGGGACAACCCUAACGGUCGCUCGCUCAGUGGGAGGGUCUUAUCAUCUGGGAAGGCUCCAGGGUUGAAAGUGAUCCAGCGACCUUAUAGCUGUGAUGUAUGUGAUAAGAGUUUCACUCAAUCAGGAAACCUAAGAAGACACCAAAGAGUACACACAGGAGAGCGGCCAUAUGUCUGUCCUAUAUGUGGAAAGAGUUUCCUUAUGUCAGGAACACUGUCUAGACACGAGAGAACACACACAGGGGAGAAACCAUACGGCUGUCCUAUAUGUGGAAAGCGUUUCCGUACGUCAGGACAAUUGACUAUACACAAGCGAACACACACUGGAGAGAAACCUUAUCACUGCGAUCAAUGUGGGAAGCGUUUUACUCAAGCUUGUUCCCUGACUGAACACAAGCGAACACACACUGGCGUGAUGUUCCACUGCUCAGACUGUGAGAAGAGCUUCCCUACAUCGGUGAAGUUGAAACGGCACCGGCAAACGCACACAGGAGAGAAACCUUAUCGCUGUGAUCAAUGUGGGAAGGGUUUUGCGAGAGCUUAUUCCCUGACUGAACACAAGCGAACACACACAGGAGAGAAACCAUAUGUCUGCGAUCAGUGUGGGAAGAGAUUUACUAACUCGGGAACACUGACUUUACACCAGCCGACACACACUGGAGAGAAACCUCGUAGCUGUGCUAUAUACAGCUGUAAGCACUGUGAGUGGAGUUUUGCUCAUUCAGAAGACCUAGCAAGACACCACCAGAGAAAACACAUGUGGGAGGGUAUUCAUGUCUGUGAUCAAUGUGGGAAGAGUUUUGCUAGUUCUGGAGACCUGAAUAUACACAAGCGAAUACACACUGGGGAGAAACCAUAUGUCUGUGAUCAAUGUGGGAAGAGUUUUGCUAGUUCGGGAAACCUGAAUAUACACAAGCGUAUACACACAGGGGAGAAACCAUAUGUCUGUGAUCAAUGUGGGAAGAGCUUUGCCUCAUCUGGAUUCCUGACUAAACACAAGCAUAUCCACACCGGAGAGAAACCUUACAGUUGUGAACGGUGUGAGAAGAGAUGUGUUUCCAAAGGAGAGUUGAGAACGCACCAGCUUGUACACCCCAGAGAGAACUCUCUCUUCCUGUGUGAUCGAUGUGGGAAGAGCUUCACACACAUGGGAUCCCUGAAUGUGCACAUGCGUAGGCACACAGGAGAGAAACCGUACCGCUGCGAUCAAUGUGGGAAGAGCUUUAUUCAGCCAGUAGAAUUGAAAAUGCACCAACGAGUGCACACUGGAGAGAAACCCUACAGCUGCGAUCUAUGCAGGAAGAGAUUCGCUCAGUCAGGACUGCUGACUGUACACAAGAGAACACACACUGGAGAGAAACGUUAUAAAUGUGAUAUAUGUGGGAAAAGAUUCGCUCAGUCAGGAAACCUGAAGAGUCAUCAGAAAACCCACACAGGCAGAAAGAGAACCCACACAGGCAGAAAGAGAACCCACACAGGCAGAAAGAGAACCCGCGCAGAGAAAAUCCCCACAGGCGAAGAGAGAAGUCAAACAGACAGAGGACUGAAUCACCACCACACCUCCAUCCUCCCAGGCAUCAGUUCUCAUGAUCCCUCUGUAGACUCUGGGUAAACAUCACAGGAUCCCCUCUGUAGACUCUGGGUAAACAUCACAGGAUCCCCUCUGUAUUGACUCUGGGUAAACAUCACAGGAUCCCCUCUGUAGACUCUGGGUAAACAUCACAGAAUCCCCUCUGUAGACUCUGGGUAAACAUCACAGAAUCCCCUCUGUAGACUCUGGGUAAACAUCACAGGAUCCCCUCUGUAUUGACUCUGGAUAAACAUCACAGGAUCCCCUCUGUAGACUCUGGGUAAACAUCACAGAAUCCCCUCUGUAUUGACUCUGUGUAAACAUCACAGGAUCCCCUCUGUAUUGACUCUGGAUAAACAUCACAGAAUCCCCUCUGUAUUGACUCUGUGUAAACAUCACAGAAUCCCCUCUGUAUUGACUCUGGGUAAACAUCACAGGAUCCCUGUAUUGACUCUGGAUAAACAUCACAGGAUCUUUGUAUUGACUCUGGGUAAACAUCACAGGAUCUCUGUAUUGACUCUGGGUAAACAUCACAGGAUCCCCUCUGUCGACUCUGGGUAAAAUAGCCCACUCUGUAUUUCAUAUACAGUGUACAUUGGAGGUGGCAGAGUAUGAAGUGCUGUUGGAUAUGUAAGACACACCAAGUCAUACUGGUUAGUAUUUUGUUACAAUACGAAUAACCGCAAGUGAUUUUAAUGUGCGUUUGUGUCUGACCACGUCCACCGGGAAUUCUGAUUGGUCAAUAGUGGCCAUGGUUUUUAAAUUUACUAGCCUAGAAUAUAUUGCCUUACGAGACUUUUGUCCAUAGAGGGACACCAUUAUCAAGUUUCCUGCAGAUCAGGUCAUUCGGUUGCAGAGGAGUAACGGUUUUUAAGUGUUUUGGCAGAAAAUCCAUCAUGGAGGCACUUCUGGUUCUGAGGCAAAUGUGUUCCUUGUGAGGAGAAGGAUAUAUAUAUAUAUAUAUAUAUAUAUAUAUACUGCAUUUCAUGACUUUAGGUCAAAACGGGGGUGAAGAGAGCGCAACCUUUUCAAAGUUUGCAUUUUCAAUCUCUUGUUAUAGCGCCACCAUCUGGUCAAAUCAGUGUGUGUGUGAUCUCUAAAAAGGGCAGGAUGCAUCAUUCAGCCAAGUUUUGUCAAAAUCGGGCCAGUAGUGUCAGAUAAUCGCGUGUGACAAACCUAAAAAUGUACAAACGGGAUAAACAUGGUGCUUUCAUGAUAACUGGGAACUCUGGGAAG